GUCGAGCUGUCAAAUCGGUUCCCCCAAAGUGCGGAAUUUAUUUGUUUAUGUUGCAGCAGAAGCCCUCCAAAACUAUUCCGAGAGAAAUUAAGCGCAAUUUUCCCGUCGUUUUAGUGCAAAACCUUCCUUUUUGUUUGGAGUGGUAGUGGUGGUGGUGCCGCGCGCGCAGAAAAUAAAAACAAUGCGCCGAGUGAUCAAGACCAAAAAUCGUUGGACGGCGGCACAGCUCGAGCUGCUGUGCGAUGUGUGGGAAAAGUACUACCCAUCGCUGAAGGUGGGCCGUGGCAAUGAGGAGAUCUACGCACUGAUGGUGCGCGAGCUGCAGGAGGAGGGGUUUCUCGACGCCACCGUAAAGGAUAUACGCGGCCGCAUACACAACCUCAGCGGCAAAUUUCGAAAGGAAGCGAACCGAGUGGCCAUGACCGGCGAACCCUCGCAGUGGUUGCUGUACAGCAAGAUAGAGAAAUUCUUCGAGUAUGAGAUACCGAUCGAGUACAAGAGCGUGGAUCCGCCGGUUUACGACAUGUGCGAAUACUUGGACGUCAACAUCGAGAUGGCGGACACGAUUGCGUCGCAUCAGAGCCACCGAGAGCGACAGGCAAGCAGGCAGGCACCGACGGAAGCACAUGCGAUCGAUGACGAAUUGAUGGACUUUGCGGAGCUGGAAGAGCUGAACGAAGAGCUGAACGAGGAGUCGGUCGAGAAAGAAUUACCCCCAGAACAGGAGGUGCUUGCUGAGGAGGUGGUGAUAGAGCAUGAAGAUGCAGCAAGCAUGGUAGCGGAAGAGCCGCCCAAAGCUGCUAGCGCAUCGAACCAGCCGGACGAUAAACCGACAACGGAACAGGACCCUCCGACCCGCACCGAACCGAAGCAACCCGAGGCAGACAAAUCGAAUGACGAGUCCGACGAAUCGGCGGAUGAUACGGAUGGUACCGACAGUGAUUCGUCGUUUGAUUUCGAACUGCCUGUUUCGCCGUCCUCGAAAAGCCCGCAACACAGCCAAGUCUUUCAUUUCAAUGGAUCCUAUCGGCAUGCCGCGAUGGAAAGCUUCUUAAGCCAACUGUACAGCAACCAACUGUACGCCGAUGUUAUGCUAAUUACGUGCAACGACGGUGUCACGUGUGUAAUGCCAGCCCAUCGUAUGGUGUUGGCCAACUUCAGUGAAUUCUUUUCCAGCAUACUGGGUGCGCUAAAACCAAACACCAACGGUAGUCCGCUUACCGUGCUGCUGCAGCCCGACAUUUCCCAGCCGGUGAUGCAGCUGCUGCUACAGUUCAUGUACACCGGCAAGGUGUCGGUCACGCAGGAGCUGAUUGGCGAUUUCUUACGUUGCGGCCACGUGCUACGGGUGCGGGGCGUUUGGAGCGAGGAAAAGGAAGGCUCGUCCGAUGUGGAGCGACCCGUCCGGACGGCACCGAGCAAACGGCAACCUGCGUCACACUCCGACAGCGAGGGAAGUGCGGUGGACGAAUUUGACCGUAGCACCGUUACAAGCGUGCCACAAGCGUCCGCCGCAUCAAACGCGUCGGAACCAAAGUCUGUCUCGUCCUCCACGCAAGAGUUUUCCGACGCCGACACGCUGACACCGCACCAGCGACCAACGCAAAAGAGACGCAACCGAAAGCUAAUUAAAAUUAUAAAGCGGAUGCGCUACAGCAGUGACGAUGAGCUGGAUGAGGUGGAAGUGUCGUCAAACGUUGGGUUCGAUUUGCUGCGGUCUGAUUCCGAGACAGAGGAAGGAGACCGUGUCGCCAAGCGGGAUAAAGAGUUGGAGGGUAAAGGUGUGGCGGAGGAUAAGGAAGAAUCGGAAGAUGGCAAAAGCAUCGACGAUCGUGACACCUACGACGAUUACGAUGAUGACGAGGAGGAUGAAGAUGAUGAUGAUGAGGAUGAUGAGGAUGACGAUUCGCAGAGAACGGAAGAUGAGAAGGAUGAGGACGAUGAUUUCGACGAGGAAAAGUCGCUCUACAUCGACACCGGAGACGACGAUAUGGACACGGACUUCGAUGGCAACAGCAGCAUAGUGAAUGGAAAGCAAUCUGUGAGCAAUCCAUCCACGGCAAUAACGACCCCGGAACCAACAGCAGCGGCACGGCUCCAAACGAUCUCAGCUAAUGAUGACGGUGUAGAUAGUACCGAUCCGACAAAGCGGCCCGCCAACAGCAACAACAACAACAAUGCGCGCAGCAGAAGCGAAUCACGUGAGGUCAGUGUGCACGAAGAAAGUACCCAGGCAAAUGAUGGACAGGAUCGCUUAGCACGGGAGCCGGCCAUAACGAUAAAAACGAAGGUGAAACUGCCGUUGCAAACGUCGGAAGUACGGCGUGCCCUGCAAACGAUACCUGCCUGCACGAGCGUACAGCAGCUGUCGUCGCACAAGCAACCGCAUUCUCCGCCGGAACAGCUGUCUCAGUCGCAGCUGUCACCGUCGUCCGGCAGCAGUGAAAAACAAUCGACGAGCAGGAAACAGUUCGUACCGAGCCUUCGGCCAUGGUACGGCUGUAGGAUAUGCGGCAAGCGGUACCCACUGUCCGAAGAGUGGCUGCAGCACGUCGUCUACCAGCACGCGAGCGACGAACGGCUCAUGAAUGGGGAAAACAAUCCGGUAGGUUUUGGUGGUUUUGUAAACUUGGCCAGCAUUAAUAAUGCGCGAUUUUCAUUUUCACAGGAUGCAAGACCCAAAACGAUACUACGGUGUGAUCUGUGCGGCAAGUGUCUCAGCACGAAGUACGACUGGGUGCAGCACAUCGUGCGGAAACACACGGAACGGUACCCGCACUUUCACGAGGAGCUAUCGAUGUCGGACGACUAGGGGGGGUGUGUUGUGAUCGGCCUGUCUGUACCUUUAAUGGGGCUACAAGCUUUCAGUGACUUAUUGCUUUAUCCAUAGCAGGAUGAUUAGUCAGUCCAUUUGGGGCUUGAACCCAUGACAGGCAUGUUGUUAAGUCGUUGACGAGAUGACGACUGUACCGCGAGACCCGCCAUCGGUUCGGUUACUUUCUUAUUUAAGUAAGCAGGAGCGCGCUCACGGUCUCACGGCGCCAAUCCGGCGCUAUCCACCACGGUGUACAAGCCAUCCUCCGGUUCGGUUAGAAUGUGUUAGUUUUUAACUAGCAUUCACAGAGAUACGCACGAGAUACAUAAAACGGAUGUUGUAGAAUGUAUAUCUUAAGUAAAUUAAGUUUAAAGAUAGCGCUAUAACGAUGCUCCUGCUGGUGAUGCAAGCUGCUUGUUUGCGUAGAAAAAUGUCCGCUAUAGCAAGGGCCGAAAAGCGGGAUGUACAAAUUAUGUGUAAAGUAAGAAGGGAAUAAAAUCUCGCAACUGUUUUUAGAAA